AUGGCCCUUCCGCUCACGGAUCGUGAUACCCGACCAUUUCAACCUGUCCAAAUUGGCCUUCAUAGCGUUGAAAGAGGAAGAGAUAGGUUCUCAAGAGAUGGGAUAUAUAACCCUCCUCCCUUGGCCUUCUGGCGGAACAACCUGACGGCCCUCUCCCAGCGGUCCAACCUGUACUUUGUCGCAACCCGAGAUUCCAUCGCCGUCUACAAACCCGAUUUUCCUUUCCAGAGACUACACCGACUUCCGUGCCUUUUGAUACCGCCGACGCUGGCGAACCCACAUGCGGAAGGCUACAUUGAUCCCCAACAUCCUCAUGCGAUCAAUCACUUGAUUGUCGGAGACUUGGGGACAGAAGAGAUUCUCCUCAUCUCGACCGACUCGGGUAAUGUUACUGCCUAUUAUACGAAAGCGGUGGAGGAAGCCAUUCGCAAAGACCCAUAUCGAUUCAGCACCGACGCUCGAAGUGACUAUGUGGGAGUAAGGGCAUUCUUCACCCAGUGGCUUCAUGAAUCGGCCUGGGGCCUUUCCAUACAUACCCAGGCUAGAAUGAUCGCCGUGUCCGCAAACACGCCGCAUCAUGUUCCGAGCGAAGAUCCAUGCGCCAAAAUUACCGUCUUUGCCUUUGCGUUGACCGAGGACCUCGAUCAAGAGGGCACACGGGACGAUGUCGUCGAUCAUUCUGAUUGGCAUGAGUGGGAAACCAGAGGCUCCGAUUUCGCGCCUCCACCACGGAAAAAGAACUACAAGAUUACGCUAGGCGGCUUUGAAGGCCACGACCACAAUAUCCCGAGCGUCUCAUUCGUGAAUACCGAUGAAGACGGUGAUGGCAGAUGGCUCCUGAGUACGGAUAUUGGCGGGGAAAUGAAGAUCUGGCAAAUCUGGACGGGAAUCUGUUUCAAGUCUUGGGACUUUGCCGAGAAAAGGAUGCGCUCAGGUUUCUUUCGCCGACGAGAGGGUGGCUGGCUGGUUGCCGCCCUGGAUCCUCAUUCAUUUCGAUCGGCCAACGGCAUGGAUCAAUUCUGUGGGCACACCAAGGUGCCUCAGUAUCAUGGUCAUGCCGGUGAAAGUUAUGAUAUCACCCACGUCGUUCGACUUCGGACCCCGGGCAAUAAUCAUGCCCAUCCUGCUUUAUACUCUGACGCUUUGGAUCACGACAGCAACGAAGAAUCCAAUGCUCGGCCCGAUUCCUGGUCGGACAUGGAUGAACUGAUCAAUGACGAUGACCAGCACAAUGCCGGCUCUUCUCAAGCGGGCAGUGUCUAUAUGGGCGAGCCUCAGCCUGACGUUGAGAGCAACGUGGUGGACAGAGAACCAGGAUCCGGCGAGAACGUGUCUCUCACUAGAUCUAACCCGGAAUCGGUCGACAGCACGAUCCUCCCAGGAACUUCAGAGGCAGACGCCCCUUCAUUGGAAGUCAUGCUUUUCGAUGCCACAGAUUCUACUUCCGUCCAUUCCGAAGAGGUAGAAGCGCCAUACCAAUCAAGUGUGGAUGAGCUCGAGGAGGAUCUCUAUUCAACGAGUCAUCACAGCGCAACCUCGCUUUCCAGCUAUACACGUCGAUUAAGCCAGGAAAUUGAGGAGGAGCCCCAGAUUUAUCAUUCCGAAAUGGAUCUUUCAGGGGAUGAACAGCCGCAGCAGCACCUCGACAAUGACAAAGCCAGACUCGAUGUGAAAUACAGCGCUUGGGAUGUCCCGGGGGACCGGGCGAAGCGUGAAUUACCUGUGAUACCCACUCUCCAUUGUAGUGCCUCAAAUCUGAGGCUUCUCAUCGCCCCCGAAGCCGAUUCACCCCACAUCUUUUGCGCCAAUAUUCUGAAGCAGGCUCUACCUCCGGCCAUUGAAGCAUCGAAUCAUGCUCACCUGGACAGACUCAAUAUGCUUCAGGAAAUCCCUGAACUAGGAAUUGUUAUUGUUGCUUCGCAAUUAGGUCGAUGUGCGGUCUGUUCAUUGACGAGAUACGAGAAGACGGGAACAUUGGGUCUGCGGGUCGAUUGGACUUUGCCAACACGGAAUCAAGAGUUUACCAAUACGCGACCUAUCAUGCCUCUUUUGGGCGUGGCGACCUCACCAAUUCAGGGACGCUUCAGGAAGAAAAGCCCUAAAUCACGCUCUGAAGCGGGAACUCCGGUCGAAUGGGGUCACGAUGGUAUAGUGGAUGGGGUGCCGACGACGUUUGAUCCCACGGUACUACUGGUGCGAGACGAAGACGACGAAGGAAGCGAUCACCACACAUCCAACGAGGGCGAAAGUAGCGGCAGUGGUGGACGGUCGAAGAUGAAACGCAAGCGCUUGUCCUAUGAUUCUCGACGUUCAACCUCUUCAAGAGUGAGAACCGAGGUCCGGAAAUGGCAAGUGCCCACAAGCAUGGAAUCAUGGCAAACCACCGAAAACAGCCGCAGAUACAGGCUCAUGCUGACAUAUCUGGACAUGACUGUCUUGACGUACGAGAUAUAUCGAGGGGUGGAGAGAGAUGAUGUUCCUGAAGACAUGUCACCACUGGAGACUGUGGAUUGA